GGAGCGGGCCACGUGGUCACGGUGCCGCCGCGCGAGCGUGCGCAGAGUGGCUCAGCGCGGCCGUGACGGAACGACGAGGCGUGGAGUUACGCGACCUCGUCCGCCCGGCCCGGCCCCCGCCCCUUGGCUUGCCGCUCCGCCCCCGCGGGGCGUCCCGGGCCGCUAGUUCCCUCGGCGGCGGCCGCGCGCGGCCCGGGGGCGCCAAGCCAAGCAGCAACAGCCCUUGGAGAGAGACUAAGUUUUCUUGACUUCCACAGUGACAGAGAGCUUGUGAAAGUUGGUACUUCUGGCCUACGCUGCCAUCAUCCUACCACCCAGCCCAAGACAGCCCAGGCUGGACGUUAGUGCCUCCCUCUAUUCCUCUGUGAUCAUCCAGAUCAGCACCUGACUGUUUAUUUUCAAAUCUCACAAACACAGCCGCCAGGUCUUCAUAUUCUGGUUCUCGGCUGCUCUUGAAGGACAGUGACUUGUUACCACCACAACAGCAGAGCCUGCCUUCCUCAGCAGAUCUCCAGUCAGCCCCUGACAUCUCCCCCUCCCUCCCUUGUCUCCCUUUGUGGCCUCCUAAAUGCCCAUCUCGUUGGCCUGGGUUCAACUGGUGGUAUGGAGGGGUGCUGCCUAGCACUGACCUGGGAGUGUGUGUGACCCACUGACCCAAUGGACAUCAAAGGCCAGUUCUGGAAUGAUGAUGAUUCGGAGGGAGAUAAUGAAUCAGAGGAAUUUCUCUAUGGAGUUCAGGGGAGCUGUGCAGCUGACUUAUAUCGACACCCACAGCUUGAUGCAGACAUUGAAGCAGUGAAGGAGAUCUACAGUGAAAACUCUGUAUCCAUCAGAGAAUAUGGAACUAUUGAUGACGUGGACAUUGACCUCCACAUCAACAUCAGCUUCCUCGAUGAGGAAGUUUCUACAGCCUGGAAGGUCCUCCGGACAGAACCUAUUGUGUUGAGGCUGCGAUUUUCGCUCUCCCAGUACCUUGAUGGACCGGAACCAUCAAUUGAGGUUUUCCAGCCAUCAAAUAAGGAAGGAUUUGGGCUGGGUCUUCAGUUGAAAAAGAUCCUGGGUAUGUUUACAUCCCAACAAUGGAAACAUCUCAGCAACGAUUUCUUAAAGACCCAGCAGGAGAAGAGGCACAGCUGGUUCAAGGCAAGUGGUACCAUCAAGAAGUUCCGAGCUGGCCUCAGCAUCUUCUCCCCCAUCCCCAAGUCUCCGAGUUUCCCUAUCAUACAGGACUCCAUGCUGAAAGGCAAAAGAGGUGUAACAGAGCUUCGAGUUGGACGCCUCAUGAACCGUUCACUCUCCUGCACCAUGAAGAACCCCAAAGUAGAGGUGUUUGGCUACCCUCCCAGCCCCCAGGUCAGUGGUCACUGCAAAAACAUCCCCACUCUGGAAUAUGGAUUCCUUGUCCAGAUCAUGAAAUAUGCAGAGCAGAGGAUUCCGUUGAAUGAGUACUGCGUGGUGUGUGAUGAGCAGCAUGUCUUCCAGAAUGGGUCGUCCAUUCAGCCAGCCGUCUGUACUCGUGAACUGUGCGUUUUCUCCUUCUACAUGGGAGUCAUGUCGGGAGCUGCAGAGGAGGUGGCCACUGGAGUGGUGGAUCUGCUGGUGGCCAUGUGUAGGGCAGCUUUGGAGUCCCCUAGAAAGAGCAUCAUCUUUGAGCCUUAUCCCUCUGUCGUGGACCCCACUGAUCCCAAGACUCUGGCCUUUAAUCCUAAGAAGAAGAAUUAUGAGCGACUUCAGAAAGCUCUGGAUAGUGUGAUGUCCAUCCGGGAGAUGACCCAGGGCUCAUAUCUGGAAAUCAAGAAGCAGAUGGACAAGCUGGAUCCCCUGGCCCAUCCUCUUCUGCAGUGGAUCAUCUCUAGUAACAGGUCACACAUUGUCAAACUACCUCUCAGCAGGCAGCUGAAGUUCAUGCACACCUCACACCAGUUCCUCCUGCUGAGCAGCCCUCCCGCCAAGGAGGCUCGGUUCCGGACCGCCAAGAAGCUCUAUGGCAGCACCUUUGCCUUCCAUGGGUCCCACAUUGAGAACUGGCAUUCGAUCCUGCGCAAUGGGCUGGUCAAUGCAUCCUACACCAAACUGCAGCUGCAUGGAGCAGCCUAUGGCAAAGGCAUCUACCUGAGCCCCAUCUCCAGUAUUUCCUUUGGAUACUCAGGAAUGGGAAAAGGACAGCACAGGAUGCCCUCCAAGGACGAGCUGGUCCAGAGAUAUAACAGAAUGAAUACCAUCCCUCAGACCCGAUCCAUUCAGUCAAGGUUCCUGCAGAGUCGGAAUCUAAACUGUAUAGCACUUUGUGAAGUGAUUACAUCUAAGGACCUCCAGAAGCAUGGGAACAUCUGGGUGUGCCCUGUGUCCGACCAUGUCUGCACACGGUUCUUCUUUGUAUAUGAGGAUGGUCAGGUGGGCGAUGCCAACAUUAAUACUCAGGACCCCAAGAUACAGAAGGAAAUCAUGCGUGUGAUCGGAACUCAGGUUUACAACACACUGAGGGGGCCCCAGCCCUCGUACCACCCCCGUUCCCCAGGAUCCAUCUGCCCUCAUAAAAGGGCUCAGGAGCAGCAACCGAGGCUGCCCUGAGGAAUCAAGAGGCCAUUACCAAGGGGCAGGAAAAGGAUAGAAGAGGCGGUCCUUCAUGUGGAGAGCUGACCCAGGAACCACUCCACAUUUGGAUGGCCCAGACUGACUCCCUACCCAAUUUUCCCAGUUGACUUCACCCUGUUUGUAAAUAAAACAUAAAAUGGAAGGUGCUGUGGAUUGGA